AUGCUUAUAGAAAUUGAGCACACUGCUCCUGCUUAUUCUUCAAAAGCCCGCACAGCUUCAUUACUGCCGAGUCCCCGCACAAAUUUCCAAUCAAUUUCCAGUCCUCCAUCUGCUUAUAACUUAUAUUCUCAGGAUAGGAACUCAAAAGUUAAAGAAUUUAACUAUGAAAACACUAAAAAACAGCUGAAUUCUUUAUAUAAUAAAUUAAGCUCUGCUGAAGCUCACAAAGAAGCUAUUGAAGCGCAGAGAAAAGAAAAAUUUAGGUCGCAAGAUGAAAAAAGGCAAAGGAGGACUUUAAGGUCGAAAAUCAGCAAAAUAUUGUCAAGCUUGCCUGAGUUGUGUCAAAAACAGAAUAAGCAUGACACGUGGACUAAAGCUGUCGAAAAAAGGCAGAAUUUAAUUAAACUUAAUGAGAUUAGAAGUAGCAGAGGAUUGGACCCUUUGGAAAAGCUUGAAAUUUCAAGUGAUGAAGAAGUGGAUUAUAAUGGAAACCUUUAUAAAAAAACUGACUAUUUUGAUAGACCAGUUACCUUGAGGAACCUUUUAUAUGAGAAUUUGACACCAAAAGAGCUAGCGGUUAUGAGUGAGGAUCCUUUGUAUUAUAUUCAAAAUUCAAAAUACCUAGAAGAUUUAAAUUUACUUAAAGAAAAAAGCUGAGAUGAAUUAAUAGCAGAAGACCCGAAGGACCCAAAUAAUAUCAAAAAAUCCAAAAGAAAUUUCACAGACAAAUUUUUACUGAGAAAUUGUAAAAGUGAAAGCCAGAAGCUGAGGCUAAAAGAUCCAGAAGCUAUAUUACUAACAAAAAGAGCACAGAUGAAUGACAGCCAAAACUCGAGGGUGGAGCAAGCCAUGGAGAGCCAAAAAAUGAUGGAGCAGUAUUUUCGAGACAAGCAAGAACAAUUUAAACUGAAAAGUCAUGAAAAAUACCAAAAAAUCCAAAAUAUGAUAGAAGAAAACCGAAUAAGCAUCAGAAAACGCUACGAAACUAAACAAGCCAAAAUCGAAGAAAAAAUUCACAAAGAAAAAGCCAGACAAGCUGAGCAGCUUCAAAAAAAGAAACAAAUCUACGAAAAACACGUCCAAAAGAUCAUAGAAAUGAAAAAGAAAAAAGAAACCGCAUUAGACACGCUGAGAGAUUUUAAAGAAAUUUUUAAUGAAAUGGAAAAUGUAUAUAAAAUCAAGCUAAAAGAACAACAAAUGUCACAAAAACUUGUAGGAGUCAAAGAUUUAAUUAAGAAAUGGGAGGCAAAGGAGUACUUUUUGCAUAAAAGUAGGGAUUUUAGCACUUUAUAA